UUGUAACGACGGUGCGCAUGUGUGAUAUUUCAUCAGAUUUUUCUUUUAGUAUAUAAAGAAAUCGAAUAGUGCAUAAUUAUUACUGGUUAUCACCAACUUGAUAUUUCUUCAUAACUGCGCAUGCACCAGUUAUAAGCUACGACAAGAUCUCGAUAAGGAAGAAAUGGAAACACAAGUGGAAAAAAUAAAUCAAUUUGGUGACGAUAAAGAUGUUGCUAAUAUGUCUGUUGGAGAUUGGGAAGAGAGAUGGGAACGUGGUCAAACACAUUUCCAUAUGGAGGAUGUCCAUCCAAACCUACAGAAAUAUUACAAACAUUUAACACGGGGUCGAGAUAAACUGAGAUUUUAUUUACCUCUGUGUGGAAAAUCAGUUGAUAUAAGAUGGUUAGCGGACAAAGGUCAUACUGUCAUAGGAUGUGAAGGUUCAGAUUUAGCCUGCCAUCAAUUCUUUGAGGAGAAUUCUAUACCAUACGUCACAUCAAAAAUUCCUGGAGUUGAUGGAAUAGCUUAUGUGGCGGGGAAUAGAGAAGCUAUAGGUAUUUAUAGAUGUGACUUUUUUCAACUGUCAGUAGAAAUACUUGAACCGUUUGAUUGCAUAUGGGAUAGAGGAUCUUUUGUAGCAAUACCAGUAACCAUGAGGCAACAAUAUGCAGACAGUAUAAUACCUACAUUAAAGAAAGAUGGUUCUUAUUUGUUAGAUACGUUUCUACUUUCCAAUGAUGUAUUCGCAGGUCCCCCGUUUAACUGUACAGAGGAUGAUGUAUAUAAAUAUUUUGGUAAUUUGUGUAAUAUAGAAAAAUUAGAAUCUACAGACAUAUGCGGCGAUGUGCACAGGCAAGAGUGGGGCCUACAAUCAUUUGAUGAAGUAGUUUAUUUGCUGACACUCAAGUGAUGUAAAAACUAGUAUUAAAACUAAAAAUGUGUUUCAGGGUAUUAAAUUGUUAACAUUCAAUAUGCACAAGAUAGGAGGGAUUACUGUGAUUUAUAUAUGUUAGGGUGAUAAUGAAAUGAAAUGAGAUGGUCUAGAAUGGCAAAAUUCAAUCUGGGAUUCGUAGCCCAGAUGGGAAUCAAAUAUAAGAUUCCAAAGACCCUCUCACCCCACUACCACCCAAAACAAACAAACGUCAACCCAGAAUUAAGAAAAGAUAUGUCUUUUUUUUUCAAAAAAAAACAACCAAAA